GAAGCUGCAAAUCCGAUAAACUCAUUAGCAUCACAAGAUGCAUAUAUCCAAUCUGGAGUUUCUAUUUCAAACAAUUUCUUAACUACUGAUUAUGCUGUGGAUCAAGAGAACGCUGCUUCUGGUAAUAUUACCGUUAAACGUCAUACUAUCCAAGUAGAAUACGAAUACCCUGAUAAUGAUAAUAAUCAUGAGGGAUAUAUUGAUUAUCCCGAUGAUGAUUUUCAAUUUGUCGAUGGAACUCGUCUUGGUUCGACCAUUGUACCUGUAGCAACAUCAGACAUGAUAUUAGCUGAAGAACAGGAAGAGAUAUUAAUAAAUGAUUAUGACACUACCAAAAAUGUUACUUCACAAAAUCUUGUAGUGGCUACACCUAAAACAGAGAAACACUUUAGUAUAACAUCAAACGGAUCUGGUAAUUCAGAUAAAAGUAGUGGACCAGGAAGUACGCCACCAGGAACACCAUCAACAACUACAAGAAAUUCAGCAAAUACAGGCAAUGGCUUGUUUACUUUGUUUGAGAGUGAUUCCAAUAAUAAAAAUCAAAUCACAGAUAAAACACCACGAAUUAAUAAUGUAAAUAGUAAUCUUGUUUUACCACCUCCAAAUGACAAUUGCCAAUCGGAUUUACAGAAAAGUUCAUCUCAAACACCAAAAAAGAGGGAUACGCCACGUACUAGACCUGUGACUGUACAUGGUCCUCCAACGGGGUAUAAACAAAAUUCUACAAAUGCAUCUUCGAAUAUUACACAAAAUAACAAUGAUAAUUUACUACAACAAAAACUUCCACCCUCAACCACACCACCUACCAUGCCUUUACCCGCAAUUCCGGAUCGUCAAGAUUCAUUAUCAUCUGUAAGCCAAAAGAGACAUAAAAGAGCUUCUUCCGAAAAA